AUCCUUGGGACUGUGUAUCGGGCACCAUGAGUCAUGAUGGGAUGUCUGUUACGCGCCCUCCGUUUCUUGAUGGUUCUAACUACUCGUACUGGAAAUCCAUGAUGGUGAUCUUCCUUCAAUCCCUUGGUAAAGGAACAUGGAAGGCUGUUGAGAAUGGUUGGACUUUACCACUUCAAGAAAACGUUCCUGCUGAGACUAAGGGUGGUGAGUCAUCGGACGGGAAGUCAUCAACUACCAAAUUACUGGUUGAGAAACCAAGGAGCAUCUGGACCGACGACGAAAGGCAAGCAGAAGAGGCUAACUUUCGAGAUUUAUAUGCUAUCAUGUCUGCUCUCGGUUACCACAUGCCCAAAAAUAUACUCAACAUUGGUGAGCCGGUUCCAGAAGCUAGACAAGUGCAAAAACUGAUGAGAACUCUACCGGACAGAUUUGGGAUUAAAAUUACUGCACUAGAAAGUUUUCAGAGGAUCCAGAAGCUUGGCAUUGAUGAUCUUCUAAGUGAACUUCGCACCUUUGAAAUCAACCAUGGCUUUGACUCUAUGAGGAUAAGCAAAGGGAAAGGGCUUGCGUUAAAGGCCAAGGUUCGUACUACAGUCGCUGAGAAUGAGGAAUCCGAUGAAGAAUCGUUUGACCCUGACGAAAUCACAAAGGCUCUUACCGUGCUUACCAAAAAUGUUUCGAAGUUGAAGAAAUUCCAGAAAAGGAGAUUCCAGGGCAACAGGUCCUUUGAAGGUGGCAGGAACCAACUUCAGCAGUUUGGAGAAAGGAGGUCUGGCAUUCAAUCUAACAAGCCUCUGAAUGCUAACCAAGGAGUAGAAAAAGACCAAUGCCGCGAAUGCAAAGGAUUUGGCCACUUUCAAAAGGAGUGCCCUAAUUUCAAGAAGAAGAAUAAGACAUUCAAGGCUACAUGGUCCGAUUCCAGUGAUGACGAGGAGGAUGAACCUGAGAUGACUGAGAACUUUAACUACUCUAAUAAUUCUGCUAAAUGCCUUCUUAAUGAGUAUAACUGUUUUACUUCCUCUGUUCAUCUAACUGAU